AUGUCCACAGUGCUUCCGGGAAGGGAGCAGACCCCCCGCCAGCACCUGUCUGGAGGAGUGGGCAUCUCCUCCCAGAACCACCCUGAGCAGGGAAAGCAGGGUGUGGUUGGUGGUCCUGGCUCUGAAGGGGCGUGGAGGCUGGGCCUGCCGGCCCUCCUGGGUCGCCUUGGGCAGGCCCAUGGGUGUCCUCCCUGCUCCGGGCAGCGUCAAGGAACUCAGCUGAAGGACUGCGUCUGCGCUGCCCAUCCCGAGACAUCAGGGACCAGGGUGAAUGCUGUGGACAGACAGUGGGGCGGCGGCGGCGGCUGGCACAGGGCGGGCCUGGGCAUCCCGCAGCUCCUGGAGGCUGUGCUGCAGCUGCUGCCGCUGGACACCUACCUGGAGAACCCGGCUGCUGUCAUGGAGCUGGUGCCCAGCGCCCAAGAGAGGGGCCUGCAGAGCCCGGUGUGGAAGCAGUACGGGUCCAGCCUGUCCUGCACCGGCUGCACCAUGAGCAUACAUGCCCUGGCGAAGAUUGAGAGGUUUGAGUUUUACAAGCGCGCCAAAAAGGCUUUUGCUGUUGUGGCAAGUGGGGAGACGGCCCUCUAUGGAAACCUCAUCUUCAAGAAGGGGGUGCUUGCCCUUGGCUCCCUGCAGUGAAGACCACCCUGGUGGAGACCACGCUGGACCACAAGAGGAAUGAAAGGCCCCCUGAACCCCUACAAUGCCACCCCCAACAGGCCCCCAGUGGUAGCACCCAGACCUGGACCCCAGCCAGGGGCUCUAGGGGCCCGUGGGUCUUGGGAUGGACCCUACUGACAAGAACUGGGAUUAUCCCUAUUUGUGAAAAUGAUGGAAAAACGUAGUCACUGCUCAGUGUUCAGACUAAAGGCGUAAACAGCA